GCAGACAGAGCAGCGAGGCAGCAGCCAGGGGCCCUUGGAAGAGCCAGCCCUCCCUCUGCCAGCUCCGCGGCUCAUCUCCGACGCCCAGCUCCCUCGUCCUGCCCGCGCGCGCUCUCUCUCUCUCUCUCUCCCCAGCCCCGCAGCAUCGCCUCCCCCCAACCCAGUGCCAGCAUGACGGCCAACGGCACGUCGGAGUCGGUGCAGAUCCAGUUCGGGCUGAUCAACUGCGGCAACAAGUACCUGACGGCGGAGGCCUUUGGGUUCAAGGUGAACGCUUCGGCCACCAGCCUGAAGAAGAAGCAAAUCUGGACGCUGGAGCAGCCGGCCGACGACGCGAGCGGCGGGCACGCCGUGUGCCUCAAGAGCCACCUGGGCCGCUACCUGGCGGCCGACAAGGACGGCAACGUGAGCUGCGACAGCGAGACGCCCGGGGCUGACUGCCGCUUCUUGAUCGUGGCCCACGACGACGGGCGCUGGUCGCUGCAGUCCGAGCCUCACCGGCGGUACUUCGGGGGCACCGAGGACCGGCUGUCGUGCUUCGCGCAGACCAUCUCGCCCGCCGAGAAAUGGAGCGUCCACAUCGCCAUGCACCCGCAGGUGAACAUCUACAGCCUGACCCGCAAGCGCUACGCGCACCUGAGCGCCCGCCAGGACGAGAUCGCCGUGGACCGAGACGUGCCCUGGGGCGUGGACUCGCUCAUCACCCUCGUCUUCCAGGACCAGCGCUACAGCGUGCAGACGGCCGACCACCGCUUCCUGCGCAAUGACGGGCGCCUGGUGGAGAAGCCCGAGCCCGGCACCGGCUACACCCUGGAGUUCAGGUCGGGCAAAGUGGCCUUCCGGGACUGCGAGGGCCGCUACCUGGCGCCGUCGGGCCCCAGCGGCACGCUGAAGGCGGGCAAGAGCACCAAGGUGGGCAAGGACGAGCUCUUCGUGCUGGAGCAGAGCUGUCCCCAGGUGGUGUUGCAGGCGGGCAAUCAGAGGAACGUGUCCACCCGGCAGGGAAUGGACCUCUCUGCCAAUCAGGAUGAAGAGAGUGACCAAGAAACUUUCCAACUAGAGAUCAAUAGGGACACUAAGAAGUGUGCUUUCCGGACCCACACUGGCAAGUAUUGGACCCUAACAUCCAAUGGUGGAAUACAGUCUACUGCUUCAACCAAGAAUGCCAGCUGCUACUUUGACAUAGAAUGGUGUGACAAGCGGAUCACUCUCAAGGCUGCCAAUGGGAAAUAUGUCACUGCAAAGAAAAAUGGACAGCUGGCAGCCUCUGUGGAAGCUGCAGGAGAAACUGAGUAUUUCUUGAUGAAACUGAUCAACCGGCCCAUCAUCGUUCUCCGUGGGGAACACGGCUUCAUUGGAUGCCGGAAGGUGACCGGGACCUUGGAUUCUAAUCGAUCCUCAUAUGAUGUGUUCCAGCUGGAAUUUAAUGAUGGUGCCUACAAUAUCAAAGACUCUACCGGGAAGUACUGGAUGGUGGGAAAUGAAUCGUCUGUCACCAGCAGCAGCAAUACUCCCGUGGACUUCUUUUUCGAGUUCUGCGACUAUAACAAAGUAGCCAUCAAAACCAAUGGCCGGUAUCUGAAGGGUGACCAUGCUGGGGUCCUGAAAGCUUCCACAGAGGCCAUUGACCCUUCCACACUCUGGGAGUACUAAAUGCACUUUAGCGUUGGGUUUUCCCACCUCCCACCCAGUCCCCUUUCCUCCCCAACCCAAUUCCCAUUUCCCACCCUGAUGAUAGUUUUCAUUUCGGCCCUUUUCCUUUCAUCCAUCUUGCUUCCCUGUGCUCCUUACCCUGCCCCCACCUCUAUCUGUGGAAGGAUUUCAGGAUGGCUGGCUAUAUUCCUACCUUUUUGUUUUUUUUAAAUCUCCCUUCCCUUCUCUGUUUUCAGGGGUGUGUUUCGUGUGUUAAUGGUGUGGGGGUGUGGGAAGAAGCCUUUUGCCUUUCAAACUGGAAAAUCCAGAGAAAAUGGUGCAUCAUCUCAUGCCUUUGUAGUUUGCUUGGUUUGGGAAGUUUUCCUCGCCCGCCUUUUUGGAAUUGGGGCAGGAAGUAUCAUCAGCCUAAUCCCAUCCCAGCAAACGCAAGGAGGAAUUUUAAGAAUCAUCUCCACCUUCUCUCCUGUGCCAUAGUAUGGUGCUGGCACCUUUUUUUUUCUUUUAAAAAUUCUGACCUCUGGUGACUGUCUGUGCUGCUGUUGAACCUUACUGCCUGCCUGCUUUGACUCUGGCAAAUGGUGCUACGAGUGGGCUUUCAGGGCUAGGGGGACCAGCGUUGUCUCUGACCAUGGGUUAGGAUGGAAGGAGCACUGAAUUCUAGGACCAGGCCCCCUCAGAGUGAUAGCCUGAGUGACCCUCCCUGGACUUUCCUAGCUUCCUCAGUCCCUGGAGGAAUCACCGGUCCGGUGAUGAGAAUGAGAAACAGGCCAGCAGGUCACUUCCUGGAUGGGUCCACUUUUUUGUAGGAGGUACAGCUAGAAAUUUGCUCAUAGUCUUUUAGCCCCAAGGAAAUCACCACAGAGGAUGGUGCUUUUGCUAGCAUCUUCUGCCCGAGAUUACCACCUUCCUUCCCCCUCAAGAGGAAACCGUAAAUAAACCAAGGGGUCUAGAAAUGACUUUCCUGCCAACUUUUACCAGAUGCUUCCCUAAAGCCGAGCUCCCCCGUGGCUAAGAGAGCAUCCCCUGCUGAGCGUGGGGGUCCCUGUCGGACUAACUGGGCACUCUUGGUCACACCCACAGCCAUCUCUCUCCAUGGGAAGGGGACAUCUACCUCUGUGGUGGCACUAUAUCCCCCGGGUGCCUUCCAAUUUUUCAGCCAGGUAAUCUCCCCACCCCUGCACACCCCCAACGCUUUAGGAGAAGGAAUACUAUUGCCUUUGAGCAUGGGAUAGGACACCCCCCAGCUUAGGGUGUGCUAAGCUUUAAACUCGGGGGUAGAAGCUUAGCCAUAUGUUCAAUUUUCUUCUGGCUAGUACCCAAACUCUUGGAGCUGCUACAGGAGCUUUAGAUAUAGUGGGCUGGAUACCCUUUGGUUGGAAAGAGCCAAGCUGACUUGCUUUUUAGUUCCCUUCUCUCAUUUUCUAGGAAUAAUGGUUGGAAUUGCAAAAAGGUAAAAAUGUCCAUUUGUAGAUCUAAAAUCUUGCUUGGCGAACUUUGCACAGUGGUGGUGGUUCGGUCUUUUUUUUUUUUUUUUUUUUUUUUUUUUUUUUAUGUUGCUUUUUUCCCCCCUUCCCCUUUAUAUAAUCUACUGGAAACCUCGAACCUAACUGCACAUGUUUUGUUUUAACUGCUAGAUGCCCGUUCCCAAUUGUACCUAUGCCCUGUGGCUAGAAUGCUUUUUGGGAUUCACUCAACCCUAAUUUUCCCAGCCCUCCUUCCCCUUUCCCAGGGGCUCUCCCUUCUGCAAUGAUGGCAUGAAAAUAUCAUAUGUUACUAGAUGCAGAGAAAUGACCAAAACAGUAUUUUUUUUAUAUCUAUUUAUAUAAGCUCUCCGUGGCACUAUCCGAUGUUGUCUGUAAUUGGUCUGCAUUAGAAUUUAACAAUGUGAACGUCUGUAAGAGGUGAUGCUGAACCUUCAGGGUUUUUGCAGGCACUUUCUGGGGAGCACUUCUCAGAAAGCAUUGCUUCUCUGCCUGCUGAUACCCUGUCUGCUUGCUCUCCAUGCCUUCCCCCCACCUUGGCUGCCUCCCUCCACCAGCUAGAGUUGGAAUGUGAACCCCCCCCCCAACAUCUCCUUUCCAAGUUAAAAGUAGUCGCAGCCCCCAUCCUGCUUACCAUCGGGGGACUUUUUUCUUUUAAUGCCCCUCCCUUUUCUGGUGGGCUUGACUGGCUCCAGUAGGGACCCCUCCCCUUCCCUGCCCCAUCACCUGCUUCAUCUCAAACCUUCCCCAGCUCUCAAGUUUGCUUUCCUGGCCCUUUCUGCUUGAAAGCCAGGGAGGAAUAUCCUAAGAGAGGACUGCUACCUAUGAUGGGGAGAAAGAAGAAGAGCACUCCCUUAGAAGCCUUAUACCCUUGUUGCUAUUAUGGAGGUUGCCUCCUCCCUGUGAGUCGGUGCUAAAUGUCUGUAACUGGAAUCUGAAAUUCUUGUGGAGGAGACUGAAUAGAACCUUCCUUCACCGUUGUAUGUUGUCAGUCCCUUGGAUCUCCAGGGGCCUCAAGAUAGAACUUGUGGGAGACCAAAGCCAUGUCUGAAAGAGAGAAUUAGGCAAUCUGAAGUCACCGUGUGCUUUCUGGCCUUCCCUUGCCUUCAGCUUCGCGCCCCUAGCCGCCUCUGCCCCCAUCCAUUCCCAAGUAGCCACCUGGCCCCUGGCGUUCUCCUUGCUGGCUUCUCCCUGUGAAAGUGGGUUGAGAAUCCUUUUUUCUAUCUCUUGUAUCAGGUGUCGUGGCUCCAAAAGCAGCCCAUUUGGGUGGUAAAUUUUCAGUUUUUAAAUUUUUGUUUUCAAGUGCCAUUUGUAUAACUUAAAUCACAAAUAGCUUCAACUGGAAAAUUAAAAAUUAAAAAAAGAACAGUAACCACAAACA